AAUUCCAACCUUACAGAACAACUUCCGUAUAAAGGUGCCUACGCUAAGGCAACCUUAUCUAUCUCUUAUACAUAUACGUUUAAAUCCAUCGACAUUUGAUGGUAAUAAGCAUCAUAUCCAACAUUUCAAAUCAAAAUGAUCCCAAGGAUUAUCUUCCUUGCGUCCCUGGUGGCGGUCGCCAGGUCUGCUCAACCUGGAGCUCCCGCGCCGGUCGCAGCUCCGAUGCGAGAUCUCGAAUGGGGACAAAUCAAUAUCAUUCAUACUACGGAUAUACACGGAUGGCUUGGUGGACAUAUGCAAGAACCGCAAUAUUCGGCGGACUGGGGUGAUUACAUCUCAUUCACGAGUCAUAUGCGACAAAAGGCGGAAGAGAAAGGGGUGGACUUAUUAGUCAUCGAUACCGGCGAUCGGAUAGAAGGAAACGGGUUGUACGAUGCCUCGAAUCCAAAGGGUAACUAUACCUACGAUAUCUUCGGCUCGCAAUCCAUAGACUUGCUCUGCACCGGAAACCAUGAGCUAUACCAAGAAGCAUCCGUUGCCCGAGAGCACAACACGACUGUUCCAAAGUUCAAACACUCCUACAUUGCCUCCAACCUCGACUACAUCGAGCCCGAAACAGGUAACCAGAUUCCUCAGGCCCAGCGCUAUGUCAAGUUCACCACCAAGAAGCUCGGCUACAGUGUGGUAGCUCUUGGGUUCAUCUUCGACUUCGAUCGGAACGCGAACAACAGUGUUGUGACACCUGUCGAGGAGGCCAUGAAGCAGGAAUGGUUCCAGGCCGCCAUCAGGGAAAAGCCCGACAUUUUUCUCGUAAUCGGUCACGUCGGUCUUCGCAUGAAGGAGUUCGAACAGAUCUUUAAGGUCAUUAGAGAUCAAAACUGGUACACCCCCAUCGCGUUCCUCGGCGGCCAUGCACACGUUCGGGAUGCAAGAAAGUUCGACGACAAUGCGUUUGCGAUUGCUAGCGGCCGUUACUUCGAGACUAUCGGAUGGGUGUCAAUUGACGGUAUUAAGAAGAAGAGUGGAGGUGCGCCUUCGACCGAAGCUACAGUAACAUUCAAGCGUCGCUACAUCGACAACAAUCUUUUUGGCCUACACUAUCACACUGGCCUCAACGAAACCACCUUCCCCACCGAACAAGGUCGUAACGUCACUAAACUUAUCACCGAAGGCCGUAAAGCCCUCAAACUCGACGACUCGUUUGGCUGUGCCCCACAAGAUCUCUGGAUGAGCCGAGCCCCAUACCCUCACAACGCGAGUAUCUUCUCCUGGCUCGAGACGCAAGUGCUCCCGACGACCAUCACCAACCCAGAGCGGAAGGACGUGCCUAGACUAGCCAUCGUCAACACUGGCGCCAUCCGUUUCGACAUCUUCCAGGGGCCGUUCACUAAGGACUCGACGUUUUUGAUCACGCCCUUCAUCAGCAAAUUUAAUUACAUCGCCGACGUGCCCUACGCCGUCGCCAGCAAGGUCCUUGAGAUGCUAAACAGCGGAGGUCCCGUAUUCAACGGCGCGCUGAACACCAAGUAUCUCAGUACCCCGGAGCAAAUGGCACCUAGCUCAUAUUUCGAGGCAUCGUUAUCAUCUAAUGAGAAUGCGGAAGACACUCUCCCGAUACUUGUGGACGGCGAGUCAUCUCAGAAACCUCUGACGACGGAGGAACCCGAGCUAAUCGGUGGAUACACAACCCGUGAUGACCUCGGCGACGACGGCGACGACGCAGUGCACUCCCCCAUCAAAUUCUACGCCGUGCCCAACUGCAUCCAAUCCAAGAUCGCGUUCCCGGCACCGGCUCCCUCAGGCGACAACCAGACCGAACCACAACCCCAGGACCCCGAGAAAGUAGACCUGGUGUUCGUAGACUACGUCCAGCCGUGGAUCAUCACCGCGCUGAAAUUCAGCGGUGGCGACUUCGGGACCGAUGACGUCAAGGUGUACACCAACAGCACGUUGACGGACCUGAUUGCGGAUUGGGUUAAGGAGAACUGGAAGAAAGACUGUUAAGUGGAAGAUGUGGAUGAGGAGUAAGCAGGAGAAAUGAAAUGAGGGAAGUUCAAAGUUGCUUUGAUACGAAUAGGAUUGAACUGUAUGAUUUCAAAUUGCGCACUUAACGAUACGCACGGCACGCACGGCACGGCAUGGCAAGGUUUGGAUUUUCGGGUUUGGGUGUGAAUUGUUAUAAUUAUUAUACCUUUAUCCUGUUCUACGCGACAGCGAUACCGUUAUGAGAGCACAAUUAGCUUAACUCCACGGACUUAGAUUCGGGGCUUGAAUUUCAAAUAUUUAUUAGAACACAAUAUCUCUUAGACCGUAAUUGGGUCAUGCUUGUGUAGGUAACCAAA